AUGGCAAUACAAGGACGUGAGCUGCAGCUGAACGUGGGAAUGAAAUCAAUGGCUUGCUCCCUUAGCCGCUCUGAGACCUGGGAGGACAAAGAGGAGCAUCGAACACGGCAGAGGGAGGGGCAUUGCACACAGAUGGUGCUGCAUCGCAUUGUACUCUGGGAGGAGCAGAGGGAGGGGCGUUGCACACAGAUGGUGCUGCAUCGCAUUGUACUCUGGGAGGAGCAGAGGGAGGGGCAUUGCACACAGAUGGUGCUGCAUCGCAUUGUACUCUGGGAGGAGCAGAGGGAGGGGCAUUGCACACAGAUGGUGCUGCAUCGCAUUGUACUCUGGGAGGAGCAGAGGGAGGGGCAUUGCACACAGAUGGUGCUGCAUCGCAUUGUACUCUGGGAGGAGCAGAGGGAGGGGCAUUGCACACAGAUGGUGCUGCAUCGCAUUGUACUCUGGGAGGAGCAGAGGGAGGGGCAUUGCACACAGAUGGUGCUGCAUCGCAUUGUACUCUGGGAGGAGCAGAGGGAGGGGCAUUGCACACAGAUGGUGCUGCAUCGCAUUGUACUCUGGGAGGAGCAGAGGGAGGGGCAUUGCACACAGAUGGUGCUGCAUCGCAUUGUACUCUGGGAGGAGCAGAGGGAGGGGCAUUGCACACAGAUGGUGCUGCAUCGCAUUGUACUCUGGGAGGAGCAGAGGGAGGGGCAUUGCACACAGAUGGUGCUGCAUCGCAUUGUACUCUGGGAGGAGCAGAGGGAGGGGCAUUGCACACAGAUGGUGCUGCAUCGCAUUGUACUCUGGGAGGAGCAGAGGGAGGGGCAUUGCACACAGAUGGUGCUGCAUCGCAUUGUACUCUGGGAGGAGCAGAGGGAGGGGCAUUGCACACAGAUGGUGCUGCAUCGCAUUGUACUCUGGGAGGAGCAGAGGGAGGGGCAUUGCACACAGAUGGUGCUGCAUCGCAUUGUACUCUGCCUGCCUCCAGCUCCCUCAGCCGCUCAGAGACCUGCAAGGACAGAGGGGCAGGGAGAUUACACACACUCUGUCUCCCCAUGGGUCUUGGGCACUGCUUUUGAGAGCUCUCAAAAAGGUGGCGGGUGCUUCAUUGCCAUAUACUCCACCCGCCUCCAGAUCCCUCAAUCCCUCCGAUUCCUUCAAACCCUAAAUCUCAACCAAAUUUCUAACCCCUGA